UACGGUUUCUGUAUUAUUAAUUUUCUUCGUUACAACCAGUAGUAUGUGUUCCUCUAAUUUUUUCCAAUAUCAAACAUUUUCCCAUAUAGGAUUGCAAUGUUUAAAGCCAUUUUUUCAUGGUUUGUGGACGGGUAAUAAGCUUGUAAACUUCAACAGUUAAAGCUAAGUACAAAACCUCUCUGAUGAUGAAAAGGGAAAGAUGUUAAACUUGCUUACUUUACAAAAUUAAUAAGCUAAAUAAAGAUACGUGACAUAUUUUUCAAGUUGCAUAAUGACUGGAAUUUGCCUGAUCAUCACAUUUUCAUCGACCCCACUUUCGCUAUCGGCUUUUGAAAGGAACCAAUUUAUAGAUCCCUGAAACAGAUGAAAGAUAAAAUAUGGGAAUUAGGCUUAUGAUUCCAUUGGUAGUUUUACUUAUAAAUCUGGAAAUGUCAUUUGGAAAACCUCAAAGUAGUAUCUCUUGUUCUUACGACGAAGCUGCCAUCCGGACUGAGCAAGGAAAAGUCAUAUGUUGGAAGGUGCCAAAUUGUCCUCAUGGUUUUGGUCUCAGUUUUGAGCAUAAACCUGGUUACGUACAUCCCUCAUCAAUUAAGGUUAAAUGUCAACCUUGCAAAUCUGGUUUAACAUAUUCAAACAAGCAUGACUUUASCCAGUGCAAAAAUUGUAYGCAAUGCAAAGAUAAUGAAAUAUCCACUGGGAARUGUUAUUUUGAYAAGGAUGAAAUCCACUGCACAGGGCAAUGUAAAGAAAGCUUUUAUAUGUCAAAUGAAACAGCCUCCUGUAAACCAUGCAGUCAGUGCUGUAKAGAUAGUGGUUGUGCUAAUAGCUGUCGUCCUGAGAUGACCAGUAAGAACUGCACCAAGACAUCRAAUGKUACUGAAAUUCCAGGCAGCAAAAUUUCAGUAGAGGAUAUGGACAGACCCAUUAAAGUACACAAGGUUAAAGAUAGGACAAAAGAUGUUGUGAAAAUUGUUGUACCAGUAGUUUGUUUUGCAGUUGUACUAUCGAUAUCCAUAAUAGCGGUCAUAGUUUACAGGAAAAAAAUCUGUGAAAGAAUUGGUARUCUUGUGGCCWGUGCUGUAAAUUCUACAGGAAACAAUUCAGACAGUACYAUAGAACCACGUUCUCUUCAGGGAAAUGUUUACAGGCAGCAAUUACAUUCACCAWUAUCAUCACCACCUCCACUGUCACCACAGCCAGAACAACAUUCACAGAGUGACACCUUGGCUCCAGGUCAGUCAUCCAUACCAGAUUCUACAGAACAGCUGGUGACAGACUCUGGUCUACCAGGAAGAAUCCCUGGACAGCAAGCUUGCUCACCWCAAAGGGUACWURCAGAUUCUGGCCAGCCAGCAUAUAAUACUGUUCAAACUCAUCGCCAGAUUAACCCACAAAAUGUUGAUAAUGCAGAAGAGAAUUUUAAUAAGCUUCUGGUCAGCAUUUCACCUCGUGUCAGUAUGGACUGGAAGCCACUUGGAGGGCURCUUGGUGUUGAACCGCACGAGUUAUCAAACAUMGAUGACGAGUACCGUAGAACGCAAGAUAAAGCAUACCAAAUGCUCACRAGGUGGAGGCAGAAGAAAGGAAGAGGAGCAACACCACAAGUGCUUUUGGCUGCUCUUCGGGAGAUGGAGUUAAAUGGUUUAGGUGAUAUUGUGCAAGAGUUUAUUGUCACUGGUCAGUACACCAUUAGUGAGUAACCAAUGGAGGAAAUUGAAAGAUUUGUUCAACCGCACAAGGAACAUGAAGAGAUGUGAUAUGAACAGUAUUGCAUGACUUUUUUGUCUUCCUUGUAGCCCCUCCUUUGCCACUCAGGAUGGGGGCAGUUUUUUGUUCCUGGCUCUUCCAGCAAAUGGAAAGAUUUGUAUCUCACUAUCUUAUCCCAACAAAAA